AUGGAGCUGGAAGCGCUGCGCUCUAUCUACGAGGGGGACGCGUGCUUCAGGGAGCUCAGCCCCGUCUCCUUCCAGUACCGGAUAGGUGAAAAUGGAGAUCCCAAAGCCUUUCUAAUAGAAGUUUCUUGGCCAGAAACAUACCCACAAACAGCACCAGUCAUAUCGAUGGAUGCUUUCUUCAACAACACAAUAUCUUCAGCUAUUAAACAAAGUAUAUUGGAUAAGUUAAUGGUAGAAGUUGAGGCGAAUCUUGGAACUGCUAUGACAUACACACUUUUUGAAUAUGCCAAAGAUAAUAAAGAGGUGUUCAUGGAAAAUCAGCCUGUUAACACUGUGACUUCAGUAAGCAAUAGUAUUGCAAUUGGAACUCCCGACGUACCAGUGAGUAAAAAAAAAGACAAAAAGGAACAGUUGUCCAAAACCCAGAAACGAAAACUAGCCGAUAAAACAGAUAAUAAAGGGGAGCUUCCGCGAGGAUGGAACUGGGUGGAUGUAAUUAAGCAUUUAAGCAAAACUGGUUCUAAAGAUGAUGAAUAAAGGACUUUGGUACAAGGAAACUCCACCUUUUAAUACAGUGCAAUUUUGGGUCACCAUCUUUCUCUUAAUAACUUUCAUAUUUGUUGAAGUAAACAUUUUAUAAAACUCAAUUUCCUAACUUGCAAACCUAGUCACAGAAGUGGACCAUGUGGUCUUCUUUGGGGAAAAAAAAAAAACACACACAAAAACAAACUUGCCUUAAAUGAAGGUUAGAAUGUGACAAAGGUUAUAGAGAGCUAAUGUGGUGAAGUGAGUAGUGCUAUAUGCAGUGUAUAUUAAUUUAUAUUUUACUCUGUAGUAAAAUCCUGUUAUAGUGAACCCAAUGAUACUGUAAACAUUUCCUGAUGUUCUUACUCCAAUUGAAGAAAAAAGCGCUAUAACAGUGAUUGGUCACUUGGCAGCAUAAUUCAUCAAAAUAAAUUAUUCCAUGGAAACAAGACCUUUGUCAUUU